GGUGCGGCCCCUGGGAGUCUUCAGAGCCGGAGACUCAGACACCCGAACGGCGAUCGUGCGGAUCCAAGCGCUCUCCGGGAUCUCCUGACACGCAGUCAUGGGGUCCGCCUGAGCCGUCGGGACAGAGGAGCAGCGCCGCACUGCAUGGAGGGGCCAGCUGAGCCCGACUCGGAGGCGGUCCUGCGCUUUCUCUUGGAGCGCGGAGGCCGGGUCCGACACGCCGAGUUGGUGCAGCACUUCAGGGACGCCCUGGGCGGCCAGCCGGAGCAGCGCGCCCGUGCCCGCGCCCACUUCAAAGAACUGGUCAACGCGGUGGCCACCGUGCGCACCGACCCCGAGGAUGGUACCAAGUAUGUGCAUCUCAAGAAGAGGUUCAGUGCGGGCCCCCCUCCGCUGGAGGCCGCUCGCCCCGCCUACCCGCCGCGUAUCGAGGUGACCGCGGAGCCCGAAGCCCUGGACCUCCGGGCGGAGUGGGAGGGCGGCGGGCGCCCGCGGGAGGCGGAUCCUCAGACCCCUCUCCGGCUGGGCUGCGAGCUGGGCAACCCGGAGCCUCUGGUCCCUGAUCAAGUUGGGGCCCGGUGUGAGGACCCCGGACACGAGGUCCAGGCCCUGUCCGGGCCCUUGGGCCCGGGGCCCAGCGAGGACCUGGAACCCGCUCCACACGGCGGUGAGGAGGCAGAAGGGGGCAGCUCCGGCAUGCCCACUACCCCAAAGUCGGCCCGUCAGAACUUCCGGGACCUGGUGAUGGGCAGCUCCCCGCAACUGAAGAGGAGCGUGUGCCCCGGGGGCAGUAGCCCUGGGGGCUUCUCCGCCGGGGGUCGCGGCCGGGGAGGGGGCGACUCGGAUAGCGCCUCGGUGGCUUCGUCAUCCGCGGAAGAGGAGAGCACUGGCGGGGGCUCGGUGACUCUGGAUCCUCUGGAGCACGCCUGGAUGCUCUCAGCCUCGGACGGCAAGUGGGACUGCCUGGAAGGGCUGCUUUCUUGCGAACCUGGCCUACUGUCCAAGCGGGACUUCAUCACUGGCUUCACCUGCCUGCACUGGGCCGCCAAACACGGCCGGCAGGAGCUCCUGGCCAUGUUGGUGAACUUCGCUAGCAAACACCAGCUCCCGGUGAACAUCAACGCCAGGACUAGCGGGGGCUACACCGCCCUACAUUUGGCAGCCAUGCACGGGCAUGUAGAGGUGGUGAAGUUGCUAGUAGGGGCCUACGAUGCCGAUGUGGACAUCAGGGACUACAGCGGGAAAAAGGCCUCUCAGUACCUGAGUCAGAGCACCGCAGAGGAGAUCAAGAACCUGGUGGGAGCCCUGGACGAAGAUGAUGUGGACAGCACCACCGGCAGCGGGACUGGGCGCUGGAGACUUUCAAAGGUGCUCCCUUCACACCUCAUCACUUACAAGCUCUCACACUCUUCGGAGGACAGCGCUGAGCAUCACCAUCACCACCCUGCUGAGGGAUGGACCGGGAGCAAAGCGAAAGAUCCAGGUCGCAAAGCCUUGGGCAGUUCUAGUGCACGGAUAAAACCGCGACUCAACAAAAUCCGCUUUCGAACCCAGAUCAUUCACACCACUCCCUCCUUCAAGGAUGCAGAGCAGCCACUGGAGGAAGGGGAGGAGGAGGAGGGGGAGGAAAGGUCUCUUAAAGGCCUGUCAUCCUCCUUAAAAUUGAGACCGAAGUCCAAUGUAUUUGGGUAAAAAUAAUUCCUGCUAGAAAGGCUAAGGCUUAUUUGUCUUCAAGGUAGAACACUAGGUGUGGAUAAGAAAGUGGGUGUAGAAAAGGCAGGGUAAGUUAUGCGUUUUUACUUUCAGGCUGGGGAUGGUGGGUUUGGAGGAACUUCAGAAUAAGUUCACCUGGGAUGAGUAAUUUCUUUACUUAGUGCAUUGAUUUGUGCCUUUUUCCUCACUGCACACCCUUGUGACCUGGAAUUUCUGUUAGCCCUAGAAUUGAUGACUGAGAUUUCCUUUCGUUAUUGCUAGGUACCAUACAAAAUAAGAAAUACUGCACUUUUAAGUCUGUUUUUCUUACUCUUAGAGCCCCAGAACAUGCAAACUGUAGUGAAACUGGUAUUUUGGGAAUGUGACCAAAACCACGUGCUGCCCUGAUUUUUACUAAUUGCAUUUGCUUUUUAAGGUACUACUGAAUGUCAAAGUCUGAGUUGAAAUGCAAAAAUAUGAAUUAAGAUCAGAAUCCUGUUGGUAUCUUAUUUGUAUUGUAAGUAGCAUUUCUGUUCCUUUUUUUUUUUAAAGCAAUUUCAGUUUUAAUUACUGAACUGAAGAAAUAAGAAACAUUUGCUUUAGAGUUACUAUAGUCUGGUUUGCACCUAGGGAACACUACUUAGUAUAAUGGUACAUUAUUAAUAUCAUAACUUUUUUAUUGAAAUAGAAUAAUACUUAGCAACCUAUGGUACUUCUUAAAAAAUGGUAUCUUAUCAUUAGCUUGUUUGCUACUCUCAAAUUCUAAACUUCAGGGAUUUUUAUUCUGGGGACCAUAUAUAAACAUCAGUUCUAUCUGAUGGAGCUUACAGUCCUUAGACUGAUUUAUUUAUUACUUUAAAAACCAUUUCUUGCUUAGAAAACUAGCAAAAGUCAGCGUAGUAUUAACAAGUUUAUGCUUCUAUGAAGUAAUUAUUAAAUCAAGUAAUGAUUCUCAUAUCAGAAACAUUUUUAUUAAUACACUCAUAGCCUCUAUGCUUUGUAGCAACAUUUUACAAAUGUUUAAAAUGCUAAAUCUUUGAAUUUUCCUCUUUUUUUUAUAUCAACUCGAAGAGCUAUGAUGUAGUUAUUGAAAACCUAGGUAAUUGAUUCAUUUAAAAUGGGCAAUUUAUUGUACUUUAUAAAAGGAAAAAUGACUAUUUCCAUAUUUCAAUGCUGCUAGCUGUUGAAUUCUGUUGAAUAUAAAUGACAAAUACUAUUCAUUAAAAUUAAAGACUUUGGAGCCUGGAAAGAUGGCUCAGUGGUUAAGAGCACUGGUUGCUUGUCAGAAGAGCUGGUUUCAUUUUCCAGGAUCCACUUGGUGGCUAGCAACUAUCUGUAACUCCAGUUUUAGGGACUCCAACUCCCUCUUCUGGCCUCCAUGACUUUUUAGCAUGUAGUUCACUCAGCAUACAUGCAGACAAUACUUAUACACAUAAAAGUAAUAAAAAUUUAAAAUUUAAAGACAUUUAUAACUGAUUCUUUUUUUAAAGUUUUUUAAAAUUGUUUUGAUUUAUUUGUUUUUAUUUUAUGUGUGUGAGUGUUCUGCCUCCCUGUGUGUAAGCACAUGCAGUACCUGAGACGGACAGAAGACGGUGUUGGAUCCCAGGAACUGGAAUUACAGAUGGUUGUUAACUGCCAUGUGGAUACUGGGAUUAGAACUCAGAUCUUCUACAAGAGCAACCAGGUGCUCUUAACUGUUGAGCCAUCUCUUCGGCCCCCUUAUAACUGAUUCAUUUGUGUUAGAGUGAUGGUUUCGUAAUUAUUUUAAAAUUAACUCACAAGCCUAUUAAAUAUUGUAACAAGAUUAGAAACUUCUUCUGGAGACUAAUUGGACCAAAUCGCUCCCUAGUCUUUCUGGUCUGAUUGCUGAAGCCCUUAGUUGCUACAACCUGUAAGAUACAGGACUGAGAGAACAGUCUACAAGUGAAGGAGUCUGCAUGGUUGUAUAAAGCUGCAGCAUUUUGUUCACUAAUUUUCCCAAGUCUUAGAAAUUUGUAAGAAGUUUGUCACAUCUCUCUCAAGAUGGCAGUUGAAUUUGUUUAAAUAUGAAUUAAAGAUAGUCAUAUGAAAUAUAUAAGAUUUGGCUACCAGGAUGGGUCAGUGGAUAAGAUCAUUUGUUCUGGAAGCAUGAGGACCUGUGUUCGAAUCCUCAGAAUCCACAUAAAAAGCCAGGUAUGACAGUGGGUGCCUGUAGCCCCAGCAUUGGGAGGUGAGACAGGCAAAUCCCAAGAGCUUGAUGGCCUGCCAGCUUACCUGAAAUGGUGAGCUUCCAGUUCGGCAAAAGACUGUCACCAGUUAAGAAGAUGGAAAAGCACAGAGGAAGACACCAGAUGUCCUGCUCUGGCCUCAGUAGAGGCACAAAUAUGCGUGCUCGGACAUUCUCAUGCACACCACCAUGCACAUGCACACUUAAGCUAUUAUUUGUGUGCCUUUGUCUUUGUUUGGGGAUUUGAGAAGUGGACCGUGUGUUUUUUAGAAGCACCGUUUUCUGUAUAUAUGGAUGAAAAGCCAGUGUAGUUUUGUGAAAAUUAAGAACAGGUUCCUUGGGGCUGGAGUGAUGACUCAGCAGUUAAGAGCACUGGCCGUUCUUGCAGAAUUAAAUCCCACCACCCACAUGGUCACUAACAACUGUCCAUAACUCCAGUUCCAGGGCAUCUAAUGCCCU